AUGUUGGAGCUGGACAGGGCCUUGGAGAAGAAGGUGGUGCCAAAUGAUACGUUUUACUUCUCCAUCGUCAGGGAUCCUGUCCGGUUGGCUGAGUCCUCCUUCGCCUAUUACCGCUUCCUCUCCCCGGCCUUCAGUCAUGCCAAGAGCCUGGAUGAGUUUGUGGCCUUCCCUGAGCGUCACUACAGGGGCCUGGAGCCGAACAACCACUACGCCCGCAACGUCAUGUGGUUCGACUUCGGGCACGACAACAACAUGGAGGACGUGCCCGGUUACGUCGACGCCGUCCUGGUCCAGCUGGACCGGAUCUUUGACCUGGUGCUGGUCACUGAGUAUUUCGACGAGUCGCUGAUCCUCCUCAAGGAGGCGCAGUGCUGGGACCUGGAGGACGUGGCCUACUUCAAGCUGAACACCCGCUCCAAUGACUCGGUCUUGCCUCUGAGUGCCAGCUCAGUGGAGAGGCUGCGGGCCUGGAACCACCUGGACUGGAGACUCUACCGCCAUUACAACGCCUCCCUCUGGCGGCGGAUCUCCAGCUACGGCACCCAGAGGAUGGAGAGCGACGUGGCCCGCCUGAAAGCCCUGAGCCACCGCCUGGCCUCCCGCUGUCUCAAAAGCAACUUCCCCGGGCGGGUCUGGGAUCCCGGUUUCAUGCCCCACAGCUCCGGCAAGGCUAAGAUCCAGGGCUACGUGCUGAAGGUCAACCUCAGCAAUGAUGACCUGGAGCUCUGUCAGCGAAUGGUACUUCCUGAGAAACAAUACCUCACCUACUUGCAGAGGAAGCAGUACUCAAAGAAGCAAGUCAUCUUGCUAACUGGCCACCUGGAGUAG